AUGUUGACUGAUAAAGUGUUUGCAACAGAAAUUUCAGCCACAGCUAUAACUGGUAAAGAUGCUUGGAAUAGACCAACUCCACAACCAAUUACUAUAUCAGUUAGUUUAGAUACCAAUUUUCAUAAAGCCGCAAUUACUGAUAAUUUAAAACAUUCAUUAAAUUAUGCAGUAAUAUCUCGUAAUGUAUCAGAAUUCAUGAGAAGUAAUGAACAUAAAAAUUUUAAAUCUUUAGGUAAUAUUGCUGAAGCUGUAAGUACAAUUGUAUUAGAUGAAAGUAAAGGAGGUGGAGAAAUUGCUAAUAUUAUAGUUAAAAGUAAAAAAUCAGAAAUAAGAGCAGAUUCAAUCGAUUAUCUGAUAAAUCGUUCACGAUCUGGUAUACCAUUAACAUCAUCAAAAAUCCUUGAUCAAAUUAAUGUAACUAAAUUAAGAUUACUUACAAUUAUUGGUGUAUUUACAUUUGAAAGAUAUAAGAAACAAAUUGUUGAAAUUGAUUUAUCAUUUAAUUUAAUUAAACAUGCCGAUAUUUCAAUUCAUGAUAUAAUUGAUGAUGUAGUAACUUAUGUAGAAACAUCAAAUUUUAAAACAGUUGAAGCUUUAAUAACUAAAAUUGGUCAAUUAAUAUUUCAAAAACAUGGGAAUGGGAUAAGUUAUAUAAAUAUUAAAGUUACAAAACCUAAUGCUAUUAGUUUUACUGAAGGAGUAGGUGUAUCAUCUCGUAUGGAUAUUAAUUCAUUUAAAGAUGUUGAACCAAUUAAAUUUGAAAAUAAUCUGGUUCCUACUCCACAACCUUCAGAUAUUUCAUUUAAUUUACCAUUAGAUACAGAAACAAAUUCUCAAGGUUGGCAUGAAGCAUUUAUUGCCUUUGGAUCUAAUGUAGGUAAUCAAGUACAAAAUAUUACUGAAGCAUUAAAUUUACUUAAUGAAAAUGGUAUUAAAGUAGUUGCAACAUCUUCAUUAUAUGUUUCUAAACCAAUGUAUCAUAUAACUCAACCGGAUUUCUUAAAUGGAGUAAUUAAAGUUGUAUUUGAAAAUAAAUCUCCUGAUGAUUUAUUAAAGGUUUUAAAGAAAAUUGAAUAUAAUCAUCUUAAACGAGUUAAACUUAUUGAAAAUGGUCCUCGAUCAAUUGAUUUAGAUAUUAUCUUAUAUGAUUCUAUUAGUAUAAAUACUCAAGAUUUAGUUAUUCCUCAUAAAUCAAUGUUAGAAAGAACCUUUGUUAUGCAACCUUUAUGUGAAUUAAUUGGACCUGAUUUUAUUCAUCCAGUUACAGCAGAACCAAUUCAUAAUCAUUUAAAUCAAUUACUUAAAAGUUCUCCAGAAAGUAAUUUACAAGAUUCUUCAUUACUUUGGCAAGUGAACCCACUCGCCCAUCAUAAUAUUGAAUUAAAUCCUCUUAAAUUUGAUCCAUUAACUAAUAAGAAUCCUACUUUAAUUAUGGGAAUUUUAAAUAUUACUCCUGAUUCAUUUAGUGAUGGAGGUAAAAAUUUUAAACAAUCAACCAAUGAAAUUAUUAAUACUGUUAGUAAACUUUUACAAGAUGGAGCAACAAUAAUAGAUAUAGGUGGAGUAUCUACAAGACCUGGUAGUACUGAACCAUCAGAAGAAGAAGAAUUAAAUAGAGUUAUUCCUAUAAUUAAAGCCAUUAGAUCUUCUACUGAUGUCAAAGUAUCUAAAUGUUUAAUUUCAAUCGAUACUUAUCGAGCUAAAGUAGCUCAACAAUCAUUAGAAGCAGGAGCAGAUAUAAUUAAUGAUGUAUCAAUGGGAUUAUAUGAACCAGAAAUAUUUGAUGUAGUAGCUAAAUUUGGUUGUCCAUAUAUAGUUAAUCAUACUCGAGGUAAACCCGAUACAAUGAGUCAAUUAACUAAUUAUGAAUCCAAUACUAAUGAUGAUAUUACUGAAUAUAUAAUUGAUCCUAAUGUAGGACAUUUAGAAAUAAAUCAAGGACCUGAAAUUGAAAAUUUAAUUAAUGGAAUUUCAAGAGAAUUAGCCUUACAAUUACUUAAAGCAUUUGAUAGAGGAGUAAGAAAAUGGCAAAUAAUUCUUGAUCCAGGUAUAGGAUUUGCCAAAGAUAUUAAACAAAAUUUAGUUAUAUUAAAAAAUGCUAAAUUAUUUAAGAAAUAUGCUAUAAGAUAUGAUGCAAAGGAUGAAAAUAUGAUUAUAAAACAUUCAUAUUUAAGUUUUAAUGGAUUACCGAUGUUGAUAGGUACUUCAAGAAAGAGAUUCUUAGGAUCUAUAACUAAUCAACCUGAUGCUUCUAAAAGAAUCAUUAGUACUUCAGCAUCGAUAAUUGCAUGUAUUGAACAAAAUACUGAUAUUGUUCGAGUACAUGAUGUUAAACAAAUUAAAGAAGCUUGUAUGAUUGGUGAUGCAAUUUAUAGAGAUAUUAUUAACAUUAAUAAUUAA